AUGGCACUGCAAUUCAUUGACCAGAGCAUCAGCGGGAUAGGCCACUCUGACAGGCGCAUCAUCCGCUCCCACGUCAUGCGAGGCAAAAAUGCAGGCAAGCAGCGCAGAUCUACCAAGAAGCAAAAGAAUAUUCUAGAGCCCAAGUCCCUGCUGCAUGCUCCAGGAUCUGGAUAUACAAUCCCACGACAGGUGCUCUGGAGCGACUUAUGUGUCACUUCGUUUCCUGAAGAGCUCAGCUCUCAGUCGAUGGGGCUCAUGCACCGGUGGUUUUUUGACAUAAGCGAUACGCUAUUCCCACCGCAGUUCUGUUCCAAGUUCGACAUUGUAAGAUCGAUUUGGGUCAACUGUAUUCUCGCAGACGAAGCAUCACCGUUGACCACCAGAUUCCCAGAUUUUCACAGCACUUUGGCUAUAUCGGCGUCUUAUGUUGACUUUUUCCAGCGGAAGCCAGCAACAUCGCAGAAAAAUCUCCACCAUAUCUCAAAGGCAUAUGCUUUGGUCAAUGUAAAACUGUCGGGCCCAUUCCCAGUUUCCGACAGUGCUAUAGCCGCCGUGGUUAGUCUCGCAAUAUACCAGCAAAUACAUCACCAGCCUGCAAUCGGAAUUGUACAUCUCCACGGACUCUAUCGCAUGAUACAGUUACGAGGUGGGAUCGACAAGGUAAUGCAGGAAAAUCGUUCAUUGGCAAUGAAGCCGUUAAGACUCGAUGUUGAAUUAGCGAUGCAGAAUGGCACGCCCACCUUGUUCCGUAGCAACGAAGUGCCCAUUCGGUCGAUCCUAUGCGAUUCAAUUGCCAGUGGACCGAGUCCCACAGCUAGCUCUUGGAUGCCACUCAUUAUGCUAGAUCUGCUUAACUUUGCGAACUUGCUUAAUGCAAUAGAGAAAAGACCAGAAUCAAAGCUUGACCCUCUGGACUAUACAGAGACGCUUCUGUCCCUCCUUUAUCGCCUUGUCGAUGUCUCGAUUCCAACAGAAACCCCCACGAAUCCCGAAGGACUUCAUGAAAAUGUGAAAUACCUUGCGAUGCUGUCUUUUAUGACGACAUUACUACCUGAGUUCACCAGCGAUGGACCUAACUUUCCUCUUCUUUCUGAACGCCUGAAAAAAGCUAUCCAAGACCUUUGCAUCAUGACAUCAGAAGGUGCGGAUUAUAAUUCACCUUUGAUGUUAUGGACUUUUUUCAUGAGCGCGAUAUCGACGUCAAAUUCGAAAGACCAUCAUUGGUUAUCGAAUUCAAUUGCCACUCAUUGUAGAAGACUAGGACUAAACAAUUGGACUGCCAUACAGCAGCAGCUUUGUCAGUUUCCUUGGAUUUUUAGCUUACAUGAAGCCCCAGGCCGCCGCUUUUGGGAAAAUAUGUGA